AUGAAAGCUCAAAUGCUGAAAUUCAUUUCGAAUAUAAAAUACAAAAUGUAUAUUCUGGAUGCAUUCCCUGCAAUCGAUCGAUGGAAGAUUCCAAGAAUCGGAUUCAUGAUGAGAAAUGGAACAGAUCCGGUGGCUAUUGAUAAUAUGUUGGUCCGCCGAACAUCUGACUACUUCAUGUCCCGCAAACGGUAUGCUCAACUUUUGAAAGACUGCGGAGAGAAGUGUAUCAUGAUAGAUUAUGUACCAGAGUUCUACAAAAGAAGCACCAAUACAUUCCGAACGUUCGACAAGAAGGGAUUCUCAUAUUUCACCACUGAAAUGCAUUUAACGCCUCAUGGGAUUGAGAAAAUUAGACACAUUUGGAAAGAUAUUUGUGGAAAACUGCAAAACUAA